AUGGGAACCACAAGUGAUGAGAUGGGGUCUGUGGAACAGACCUCGUCCUCCUCCUUCAAUCCUUUGUGUUUCGAAUGUGGCCAGCAGCACUGGACUCGGGAAAACCACCUGUACAAUUACCAGGAUGAAGUGGAUGACGACCUGGUCUGCCAUAUCUGCCUUCAGCCUCUGCUGCAGCCGCUGGACACCCCCUGUGGACAUACCUUCUGCUGCAAGUGCCUCAGAAACUUCCUACAGGAGAAGGAUUUCUGUCCGCUGGACCGGAAGAGACUCCACUUUAAGUCGUGUAAGAAGUCUAGCAUUCUGGUUCAUAAACUCCUGGACAAAUUGUUGGUUUCGUGUCCAUUUUCUUCAGUGUGCCAUGACGUGAUGCAGCGCUGUGACCUGGAAGGCCAUCUUAAGAACAGAUGCCCUGGAGCUUCUCAUCGGAGAGCUGCCCUAGAGAAACGGAAAACUAGUAAGACUCAGAUGGAGAUCGAGAAUGAAAAUGGAACCACUCUCAUAGACCUUCCAGCUGCUUUAUCACCCGAAACGGACUGCUCAGGGCGGACCCUGACGUCAGCGACCCUUCCCUCCUGGAUGGAGGAGCCCGGCCUGGACAACCCUGCCUUUGAGGAGAGCCCGGCUGGGGACACCACACCACAACCACUUAGCUUACCAGAAGGUGAAAUCACCACCAUCGAAAUCCACCGGUCUAAUCCAUUCAUUCGGCUAGGAAUUAGUAUUGUGGGUGGCAACGAAACGCCACUGAUUAACAUUGUCAUCCAGGAAGUCUACCGCGAUGGGGUGAUCGCCAAAGACGGACGCCUCCUUGCUGGAGACCAGAUUCUUCAGGUCAACAACUACAACAUCAGCAGCGUGUCACACAACUAUGCCCGGGCUGUGCUGUCACAGCCCUGCAGCACGCUGCAACUCACCGUGCUUCGAGAGAGGCGCUUCGGCAGCCGUGCGCAUGGCCACCCCGAGGGCGGCUCGCCCCGGGAGGAGGUCUUCCCGGUGGUGCUGCACAAGCGGGACUCUGCUGAGCAGCUAGGCAUCAAACUCGUGCGCAGAACCGAUGAACCGGGCGUCUUCAUCCUUGACCUGUUGGAAGGGGGGCUGGCGGCCCAGGACGGCCGGCUGAGCAGCAAUGACCGGGUGCUGGCCAUCAACGGCCACGACCUGAAGCACGGGACGCCUGAGCUGGCCGCCCAGAUCAUCCAGGCCAGCGGGGAGAGGGUGAGUUUAACAAUUGCCAGACCAGGGAAACCCCAGCCUGGAAGCACCGUCCGAGAGGCAGGAACUCAGAGCAGCAGCCAACACCACGCACAGACGCUACCUUACAACAGACCCAGCUCACAUAAGGAUCUUGCCCAGUGCGUUACAUGCCAAGAAAAACACAUCACUGUAAAGAAAGAGCCACAUGAGUCCCUUGGGAUGACAGUAGCUGGGGGCCGAGGAAGUAAGAGUGGGGAGCUGCCCAUCUUCGUGACCAGCGUGCCCCCUCAUGGCUGCCUCGCGCGUGACGGCAGAAUCAAGAGAGGUGACAUCUUGUUGAACAUCAAUGGCAUUGAUUUGACCAAUUUAAGCCACAGUGAGGCUGUGGCUAUGCUGAAGGCCAGUGCCACAUCCCCCACAGUGGCCCUGAAAGCGCUGGAGGUGCAGGUGGUGGAAGAGGCUGCCCAGGGCCCAGACGAGCCACCCAGCGCUGUCAGCGAGAAUGAGUACGACGCCAGCUGGUCCCCGUCGUGGGUCAUGUGGCUCGGGCUUCCCAGUGCCCUUCACAGCUGCCAUGACAUCGUCUUACGAAGAAGCUACUUGGGAAGCUGGGGCUUUAGUAUCGUCGGCGGAUACGAAGAGAACCACACCAAUCAGCCUUUCUUCAUCAAAACCAUCGUCCUGGGGACCCCUGCUUAUUACGACGGAAGAUUAAAAUGUGGAGACAUGAUCGUGGCUGUGAAUGGCCUGUCGACUGUGGGCAUGAGCCACUCGGCGCUGGUCCCCAUGCUGAAGGAGCAGAGAAACAAAGUCACGCUGACCGUCAUCUGUUGGCCUGGCAGCCUGGUGUAG